AUGGGUAUUUCAAAUUGGACCCCUUUCAAAAAGGAUCGCCAGAAUUUCCCGGGUGUCGUCAUCCCGCUGGCUGAUGCUCCUGCUCACACCCCCGCAAAUGCGGAUGAAAAGGCCGACAAGUCUUUGGAUCGUGCGCCUUCCUCCGAGAAUGGCUCGGCUGGAUCCCUACGUGAGGCUACUCACUUGACUCUUGAAGCUCUCCGAGCAGAGGUGGAGUCUGAUAUGUCCACGUCGGGCCAUGAUUCAGUAUAUGAUCGCAAAGCAAAGGUGAUCAACCGCGCUCUCCAGGACAUCGGUAUGGGCCGAUACCAGUGGGAACUAUUCUUCCUGUGCGGCUUCGGCUGGACCGCUGACAAUCUUUGGCUUCAGGGAGUUGCCCUAACUUUGACACCUCUAUCAUACGAGUUUGGUAUUUCCGAGUCGCAUGUUCGGUUUACGACUUGCGCUCUGUUCUUGGGUCUUUGCAUUGGUGCCUCGUUCUGGGGUAUUGCAUCCGAUAUCAUCGGUCGUCGCUGGGCAUUCAACACGACCCUGUUCCUUGCUGGUGCCUUUGGUCUUGCUGCGGGUGGCGGUCCCACCUGGAUCGGUGUCUGUGCUUUGUACUCUUGCCUUGGUCUCGGUGUUGGUGGAAACCUCCCUGUCGAUGGAAGUCUCUUCUUGGAGUUCCUUCCUUUCGCCUCCGGCAACAUGUUAACCAUGUUGAGUAUUUGGUGGCCAGUCGGUCAAUUGAUUGGCAGUCUCUUUGCCUGGGCGUACAUUCCCACUUUCAGCUGCUCUUCUAUGGAAGGCUGUACCAAGGGUCAGAAUUGGGGCUGGCGCUAUCUAGUCCUCACUCUGGGUGCUAUCACAUUCUGCAUGUUCGUCGCGCGGUUCUUCUUCUUCCAUCUGUACGAGUCACCUAAGUUCCUGCUAUCUCGCGGCCGCCAGGAGGAGGCCGUUGCUUCGGUCCAUGGAAUUGCCUACAAGAACAAGACCAAGACUUGGUUGACCAACGAGAUCCUCAACGAGAUCGGUGGCUAUGCCGAGACCAAGGAGGAAGAGAAGCUCACCUACAGCCAAAUCGUGAUGCGCUUCUUCUCCAAGUUCUCGAUGGACCGAAUUCGUCCCCUCUUCGCCACCAAGCGUCUGGCCAUCAGCACCGUCCUUCUCUGGUUCUGCUGGGCUACUAUCGGCAUGGGAUACCCCCUGUUCAACGCCUUCCUGCCCCAGUACCUUUCCAAGUCCGGUGGUACCACCAACUCAAACUACACCACCUACCGCAACUACGCUAUUACUUCCAUCGUCGGCGUCCCCGGCUCCGUUCUGGCCUGCUACACCGUUGAAAUCAAGUACAUCGGCCGCAAGGGCACAAUGGCCAUCGCCACUAUGAUCACCGGUAUCUUGUUGUUCUGCUUCACUGCAUCCGCCAACUCCAACGUUCAGCUUGCUUGCAGUUGUCUGGAGGCUUUCUUCCAGAAUAUCAUGUACGGUGUUCUGUAUGCUUAUACCCCCGAGGUGUUCCCUGCUCCCGUUCGUGGUACCGCGACUGGUAUCUGCAGUUGUCUGAAUCGUAUUGCUGGUCUUUGUGCCCCGCUCGUGGCUAUCUACGCUGGUGGUAGUAGCCCCGAUGCGCCGAUUUACGCUUCUGGUGGCUUGAUUCUUGCUGCCUUUAUUGCGAUGACUUUGCUCCCCAUUGAGACACGGGGUAAGCAGAUUUUAUAA